UUUUUCCUGUUUUUCUAGGUUUCUCGGGUGCGUCUUUAUCUUCGCAGUGAUGGUAGUUAAAUGGAUUUCUUACUUUGUUGAGGAUAGGUUGAACGGCAAUACGGUAGGAUGGCGUGCUAGACAAUAAUGUUGAGACACCAAAGAUAUCCGGAGCCUAAAGAUCGGCUCGACGAAGAAGAAGACGGGAGUCAAGAUGGGCGUCCAGCAAUGGCAGCUAGAAGCAUACGUUGUUCUCCUGCUCAAGGUGCCAUUUCUUCAGUGGCCAACGAUUUCAGCAAAAUAGGUCUGAGCUCAGACAUGUGCGUUCCCGUGUUAUCAAGACGUACACCAUCUGUGACUACCGUCAUCAAUAGCCCGUCGAAAAUGCCAAGUCGUACAUUUUCGAGUGUCUGCUCACCACCAUCACCACCAAUUCAGCACUCUCUCGUUACCCACGAAAAGAUCGCAGUCCAGGAAGAAACUGCCAAAAGCUCCACUGCUGCAAAAGAUGCUGAAAUCCUGGGAUCAAAGCCAGCGGUUUUAGUUGUAGAGCCUGGAGACAAUGUGAAGGAAAGCUUGACCCCCGUACAGCCCUCUUCACCAGCGAGUUGUUCGAGGUCGGGUGAAACCGAAACGGAAGCUUUAACACAACGCAGGACUAUUUACCCAAAUGUUCCUUAUUCUCCAUACGGAUCACCUUCAUGUUCUCCACGGUUUGCCAGACGGAAGCCUCUGCGUAGCACACAGACAGUGAGCAUGGAAUGCAAAGACGGUUACACACAGCUCAAUCAGUACCGACUGAAAGAAGAUAUCGGACAAGGCUCAUAUGGCAUUGUGAAGUUGGCAUACAACGAAGAAGACGACAUUCAUUAUGCGAUGAAGAUCUUAUCGAAGAAGAAGCUGAUGAAGAGGGCUGGACUUUACGGACGGCCUGCUCCGGUUCGGUUUCUUUCGGCGCAAGGUCCAGCCCAGAUGUGCAGCGUUUCGGGAUUACCUCAGCAAACUGCGGCACAGCAACAACAACAGCAACCUUGCGUUUUAUCGCGGCGACCUUUGACGGCGGCUGCCAGCGUAGGUCGUGUGAUGAUGCCCAGGUCGGCUUCAGCAGCUGGACGGAUACCGAGUAGCUCGCAUGGGUCUCGGAAUUCCGUGACGGCCGCGUGGAACGAGCGCUCUCAAAAUCCCAUGGAUCAAAUUCGUCGCGAGGUGGCCAUUUUGAGGAAACUGGACCAUCCGAAUGUCGUGAAGCUUGUUGAAGUGCUGGAUGACCCCGACGACGAUCAUCUUUAUAUGGCAUUCGAAUUGUUGGAAAAGGGAGAAAUCCUUCAGGUCCCUACAGACACUCCGCUAGAGGAGCACGUUGCAAGAGCCUACUUCAGGGAUAUUGUGCUUGGUCUGGAAUACUUGCAUUUCCAGAAGAUCAUCCAUCGGGAUGUGAAACCGAGCAAUCUUUUGCUGGGCAAUAACGGACGCGUUCGAGUGGCAGAUUUUGGGGUAUGCAAUGAGUUUCAUGGCUCGGACGCUUUGCUAAGUAACACUGCCGGCACGCCUGCAUUUAUCGCUCCGGAGGCGUUAAUGCAACGACGUGGCAUGUACAGCGGGAAGGCCGCUGAUGUCUGGUCGCUGGGAAUCACGCUGUACGCGAUUGUAUUUGGAGACGUGCCGUUCCGUGAUGACAACAUCCUUGCCCUCUACUCGAAAAUAACGAGCCAGCCCCUGCAGUUCCCUUCAGCUUUUAACGUUUCCGAAGAUCUGAAGGAUCUGAUCUCGAGGAUGUUGACCAAGGAUCCGUCAUUGAGAAUAACCGUGCCCGAGAUCAAGGAACAUCCGUGGGUCACGUCGAACGACGAAGAUCCCAUGCCGACGGAGGAGGAGAAUUGCAAUCCGGGGCUAAUUGAGGUCACGGAUGACGAGGUUCGCUUCUCCGUGCGGUCGAUCCCCAAAUUGGACACGUUGAUCCUCGUGAAAGCCAUGUUGAAGAAGCAUUCCUUCCGGCAUCCGUUCCCUGUGCAUCAGACUGCAAAGCCCGAAAACGAUGACAGACGACGUAAGCUUCAGCAACGUGCCAACACUUGCACUGGAGGGAUGACGGCGAGAAGCAGUAGCAGUCACGCGAGGUUUGCAUUGCAAGAGGUUGAAGAACCGAGGAACGGAGUCUCGAAUUUUUCCUAGGAGUAACAGUUUUCUCUCAUUGUCCCCCCCCUUUUUUCUCUUGAAUUUUUCCCCUUGAAAUGUAUUGAUGUUGCUGUCCCAUCGUCGCUGAUUUUCCCCCCGAAUUACCUUAGUCUGCUGCGUGCUUGCAGCAUUGGAAAAAAAUUUAUGUCCCAGUUUUGUGAAACACUCGGUUGAAAAGUAUCUUGCGGUCGCUUAUCAAUGCGCACAAAGUGCGCCAAAACCAUGGAAAGCUUUAAGGAAGACGAGUCUUUUCCCGCCGAACUGACUUCAAAGAAGUUGAAUCUGUGCAAGAUGACGGAUUAUUUCCGAAAACGCUGUGGUUCGCGUAAUUUACGAUAGCUACGCGGAAAUUGAUGACCAGUGGAUGAUCAAGCGAAGCAUCCUUAGAAAAUUACUUGUUUUUUCUUGUGAUUGUCAUUGCUGUGUUACCGAAACCCGCCUUGAAGAGCUUUCGUGAAACAUCGCGCGAGAUGGCUCGCCAUAUCUGUCAAUUUCCAUGUUUUAUUCUUGCGUAAGCGUGACAGAAUUGUAAUUUCGGAGCACAAGGGUCUUUUUUGUUUUUUUGGUCUGUGGUGUCUUGCAAAAAUAAUUGUUCCAGUUUUACCUCUGUGAUCUGCUGAUCUUGAUGUAGGCCCACGAAUUUCGGAUAGUAAUUAAGCAUGCGGUAGUUUAUUCAAACUCGGUAUAGUAUUCUUACCAUGUGUGUUUAUUUUCUUUUAUAAUGGAAAGCCAUGUCCUGAAGCAAUGUUUAGUAACGGAACUCGACAAUCAGGAUGCCGAUUACAUGUACAAAGUUUGAGUUAGAUUCACCGGAUCUGUGUGUAGACAUGCGUUGUUCGAAUAAUCUGUAAGCUGGAAUCAUUUCGAGGUUGUAGACGUGAAGAUUCGAAGUUUCUCAUCUGCGGUACGUUCGCGAUUGCUCUGUGAUCCCCGUUACCGACUUGUGCAGAAUUGUUGGUAUUCCAAAGUACAGUACUGUACUGUCCUUCGUGUCAGUUGGUGUGUUUUAAGAAUCUCGGUGUUGUGGUCGUGAGGAGAAGCUACAUAAGUGACGUCUUUCAAUGAGAAAAAAAGAGAAUAUCUGUGUCGUGAACCUCGUCGAUGUUUUCAUGAGCUACGCGUUUGAAGGUGUUCGAAUCCUUUUGCUGAUCUGAGUACUGAUUUCUUUUCCCCCCAGUGCGGUAUUCUGCGUGUACCCCGUUGCGCCAAAUGUUGACCCCCUCUUUCUGGCGGGUGCAAAAUUACAUGACGCGAUUCUCGGACCAUUCUGCCUAUAUUUUGCGACGCGCUAUUUUUCUUACGAAUUUUUACUUAUCGCCAUCACAGCGUUCUCCUAACGUGACUGGAACCCGAUGAAUUCCUUGCCGCGUGUAUUGCUGAUUUUAUGUUCGGCCAAAUGCCUGGAUUUUCCGUGUUUGUUUCGAAUCUCAGAUUUUUUACAAUUGGUACAUUGCUAAUUUUAUGAUUUUGUCGGAAACCCUAACUGGAUUCGAAAAGAAGAAAAAUUGAACUACCCAACUGAA